AUGCCGAUGCUGCUGCUACCUAUUGCUAGACAACUCUGUCGUGCAUCGUCGUCACCAUUAGUUAGGAUGGCUGCUCCUGCAGUGUUAUCCGCUGUGAGUCAACACGAGUUGAAAAGAAAUUUGCAUUAUUCGUCCACUAUGCUGGAUGCAAAGAAGAAGAAGGAGGGUCCAAAGUCUAUCCUUACUGAUGAUUUGCUUGCCAAGGCUGGGUUGGAUGUGGAUGAGAUGAAUGCUAAGAAAGAUGGGACUGGUGAAGAGAAGGAAAGUAGUAGUCACGAAGGUGAAGCGGAGGAAGAAGGAAGUGGUGAGGCCAAGACGAGAAAGAAGAGGAGUAGAAAGACCUCCACUGAUAUUAAGAGGGAGAAGUAUGCCAAUUGGUUCUAUAUCUUUUCCUUUUCCGGUCUUGCUGGAGGUGCAUUAUACAUGACUAGAGAUUGGGAUGCUUCCGAACCGGAGGAAAUUAAGAAAGAUAUUGGUAAUGGGUACAGUGCUGGAUUAAUGUAUCAAAGGUUCAAAGCACGUUUCAAUUCCAUGUUUACUUAUUUCCAAGAACCUCCAUUCCCUGAUUUAUUACCACCUCCACCACCGGCACCAUACCAAAGACCAUUAACUUUGGUCAUUACUUUGGAAGACUUUUUAGUUCAUUCCGAAUGGUCGCAAAAGUACGGUUGGAGGACCGCUAAGAGACCGGGAGUGGAUUAUUUCCUUGGUUAUUUGUCUCAAUACUAUGAAAUUGUUUUAUUUUCAUCGAAUUAUAUGAUGUAUGGUGAAAAGAUUGCAGAGAAAUUGGAUCCACUUCAUGCGUUCAUUUCAUACAAUUUGUUCAAAGAGCAUUGUGUUUACAAGGACGGUGUUCACAUUAAGGAUUUAUCCAAAUUGAACAGAGAUGUGAAUAAAGUUUUGAUUAUUGAUACUGAGCCAAAUAAUUAUAAAUUGCAACCAGAGAAUGCCAUUCCUGUGAAACCAUGGGAUGGUAAGGCAGAUGAUGAAUUGUUAAGAUUGAUUCCAUUUUUGGAAUAUUUAGCUACACAACAAACUGAAGAUGUUAAACCAAUUUUGAAUAGUUUCCAUGAUAAAUAUGAAUUACCUGAAGAAUUUAAUAAUCGUGUUAUUAAAUUGAGGGAGAAAUUUGAAAAGGAUCAAAAAUUGAAACAAGAUGGUAAUUGGGCAUUAAAGGCUCUUGGUGUUGCUACAAAUUUAACUGGACAAGGUUCCAAAUUCCCCUUAGAUCUAAUUCGUGAAGAAGGUGAAAAGAAUUAUGUUCGCUUCAUGAAAUUGAUUGAAGAGGAGAAGGAAAAGAUGAGGAUCCAACAGGAACAAAUGAGUGGUCAAACAUUCACUUUGAAGGACUACGUGGAGGGUAACAUCCCUACUCCAGAAGAGCAAAUGCAAGCUCAAUUAGAGAAGCAGAAGGAAAUUGAUGAACUUUUCGAACAAAAGAAGAAAGAGAAAGCGCAGGAGCAGCAAAAGCAAUGA